AUGAUUUCCUUUUCUCUCUCUGUCUCAUGCCUUUCUUCCUGCAUGGUUUCUCCAUUUCUCACUUUUGGCUUUUUCCUCUUCUUCUCUCACUUUUGUCUUUUUCCUCCUCUUCUCUCACUUUUGGCUUUUUCCUCCUCCUCUAUCACUUUUGGUUUUUCCUCCUCCUCUCUCACUUUUGGCUUUUUCCUCCUCCUCUAUCACUUUUGGCUUUUUCCUCCUCCUCUCUCACUUUUGGCUUUUUCCUCCUCUCUCUCACUUUUUGGCUUUUCCUCCUCCUUCUCUCACUUUUGGCUUUUCCUCCUCUCUUUUCACUUUUUUGGCUUUUCCUCCUCUUCUCUCACUUUUUGGCUUUUUCCUCCUCUUCUCUCUCACUUUUGGCUUUUCCUCCUCUCACUUUUUUUGGCUUUUUCCUCCUCUUCUCUUUUUGGCUUUUUCCUCCUCUUCUCUCACUUUUGGCUUUUUCCUCCUCUUCUCUCACUUUUGGCUUUUUCCUCCUCCUCUUCUCUCACUUUUGGCUUUUCCUCCUCCUCUCUCUUUUUUUUGGCUUUCUCUCCUCCUUUUUGGCUUUUCCUCCUCCUCUUGGCUUUUCUCCUCCUUUGGCUUUUUCCUCCUCCUCUUGGCUUUUUCCUCCUCCUCUUGGCUUUUUCCUCCUCCUCUCGGCUUUUUCCUCCUCUUCUCUCACUUAUGGCUUUUUCCUCCUCUUCUCUCACUUUUGGCUUUUUCCUCCUCUUCUCUCACUUUUGGCUUUUUUACUCACCCCUCACUCUUGUGGCUUUCUUACUCACCUCUCACUCUUGUGGAUAUCUUUCUUACUUCUCAUUCUCUCUAUCUCUGUUUUAUUCUGCUUAUAUUCCUUUACUCUGUUUACUGCACUCUGGUUUUCUUUUUCUUUCCCAUUAUUCUCACUUCACUUUUCCUGUUUAUAAUUGGUCAUAUUUUUUUUUUUAA